CCCCACCAGUCUUCCGUAGAAAAGCUGCUGCUUUGUUGACAUUUUUCCCCCCCCUCUCAUCAGCUUACUGCCCACAAGUUAGCUGGUCAGUUUAUGAACAUCUUAGCACAAACAAACCCUCAGCAUGACAUUAUCCUGCCAACACUGCAGCCAGUCAGCUCGCAAAAACCAAAAACAGUUCACACAUUUUUAGACAAGCAGCAGCUCACGAUGGGGGUUAUUUUCUAACCCGCUGUCACUCGACAGAGAGCGGACGCUAGCUAGUUAGCUUGCUGCUUCAGUUAGCUAGCCUGCAGAGCAACCAUGGAGGGGAUUCUGUACAAAUGGACGAAUUACAUGACAGGCUGGCAGCCACGCUGGUUCGUCUUAGAGAAUGGAGUCCUGUCUUACUAUGACUGCGAGGACGACGUUGGUAAAGGAAGCAAAGGAUCCAUCAAGAUGUCCGUGUGUGACAUUAAAGUUCAUCCGACAGAUCCAACGCGCCUGGAGUUGAUAAUCCCCGGCGAGCAGCAUUUCUACGUCCGAGCUGUGAACUCUGCAGAGAGACAGAGGUGGCUGGUGGCUUUAGGCUCGUCCAAGGCUGGAACACUGGACAGUCACAAACACAAAGGUCCAGACUGUCUGAAGACAAAGAUGUCUGAACUACGUCUGUACUGCGACCUCCUUGUCCAGCAGGUCCAAACGAUCCAAUCACAGCACACGGCCGACACAGAGGAAACGCCCACCUCUGAGGCCUCUCUCCUCAGUGCAACCUGUGCAACUUUCAUUAAGACUUUGGAGGAGUGUAUGACCCUCGCCAACCAGAGUUUGACCCCUGACCUCCGGCCUCCUGAAAGGACAAAGAGGUCAAUCAGUCACCCUGGAACAUACAGCUUUGAUAGGUCAAGUGUUCCUAAGGAGUACUUGAGUGGAGGUCAAAGGUCAACUCAGCGCAGGAACCGGACGUGCUCCGACAGCUCCGUUUAUGACACUGAGCGGUGGGAGAUGUCGGCCACAAUCUUUCCUGCCCGCCUCAGGGUCCUGGAGGCAUUGCAGAUUGCAGCCAAUCACCUUCUUCACAGAGCGAAUGAUACGCUGCAGUCUGCCCUUGGCGUUGGCAGCAGCGUACCAGAUGGUGAUGGAGCAGGUAUGCUGCCCAGUGUCAACGGUGACUCAUCUUCCAUUCCUGAAGAGAGAGGAGGCAGCGUGAGCCCAAAGACCACACUUACUGACACAGACACAGACCUGUCCAUCUGAAGACCUGACGUCCAUCACAACCCUGCUGGACUCUGGGAGGACCAAUUGACAGACAUUUGAUCUCCUCUAGGAUUGUCCUCCUCGUACUUUUUCUCUGACGUCAGCUGGUUGCCAAACACAUGCACUUUGGAAUCAUAAUGAAUCGUUUUCCUGAAGGCUGUCUUGGGUCAGUGCAGUGUCAGGGCAGCUUGUCAGUUGCACAGUACACACUGGAGAGCCAGAAAAGAGAGCAGGAAAGAGCUGGACUUGAGACAAAGGGAGGAAAAGGUAACCACAUUCACACUAUGGACACACUCGUGGAGAUGAUGGUAGCCUUGGCGUUUGGACUUCCUGAUACAAAUCUGUGAACAAAGUGAAUGAAAAUGGCAGUUACUGUUAAAGAUGUGAACUUUCCGAGUGGCAACCAGAUUAGGACUGUGAUGUUGUAGUAGGCAGCUCCCCGGCACGCUAUCAAUAAGAUAAUAACUGGAUUGAUCGUUCACUGCUUUAAAGCAUCUUCUCGUAUAAUAUUUUCUGCUUUUUCCACAUACUCAAGAACUUGCCUAACUUUUUCUUUCCUUGGAAACUUGCCAAGCAUCUUCUACAUUCUUCUUCCAGGCCAGUUGUCUCUAUCCCUCUUCCCGUCAGCUUCUCAUCUUUGAUGUUGUCAGUAGUGACGUAGCGGAGGAUGAAACCAGACUGAUAGAACGGCGUUUCUGAAGGUUCCUGAAGCCGCUUAUCUCUGCCACAGUAUACUCACAGAGAUCUGAGGCUCUUCAGAGGCCUUUUUUUUUUUUUUUUUUCACAAAUCUAAUAUAUUAAAUGUGCCAUCAUUAGAGCUGGGCAAUAUAUCGAAAUCGAUAUAUGAGGCUAGAUAUCGUCUUAAAUUUUGGA